UUUUUCAUGGUGAUAAUGGUGUCGUUCAGAGAUCGCAAAGACAAAGACAAGGAUAGGGAUCAGAGAAAAGAUCGGAACUAUUUUGACUCAAAGGAUGAUCGCUCCAAGAGAGAUGACCGAGAUAGGAGGGAUAGGGAUCGCGAUAGACGUGGUGGCCGCGAUUUCGAUCGCCGCGAUGAUCGUCGUGAUCGUGACAGAGAGCGUGAUCGCGAACGUGAUCGCGAAAAAGAGCGUGAACGCGAAAAGGAACGUAAAGAGAGGGAGGAGCGAGACAAAGAGAAACGAUUAGAGGAGAAAAUUGAGAAAAGAAGAAAAGAGGCUGAAAUGGGAGGCUAUGAUGAGUGUUAUCCUGGUGGAAUGGCUGAAUUAGGUGGAGGUUGGGAUUCUGAUGAAGAAGAUUUGACUAUGAUGGAUAUGGGGUCAAAGAAAUCCACGAUUAAACGAUGGGAAUUUGAUAACGACGACGAUUAUGAGAAAUUCCAGGGCUCGCGAGAAGCUAUGCCAAAAGCUGCCUAUCAGUAUGGUGUCAAGACAGGUGAUGGUAGAAAGACAAGAAAGAGUGUGGAUGUGAACAAGAAGAUCGAUAAAGAGCUGAAUCAGAUCAACAAAUUGAUUGAAAAACGCAAAAGCGGACUGGAAGAUGACAGGGAGUACAAGCGUCCGAAGUUCUAA